AUGCUUAAAUCGAUUCUAAGAGUUUCAUAUAAGAUCGGAAUGAAUUCAUGUACCCUUUUAUAAUAAUUAAGAAUUACAGUAAUUACCUGUUUAUUCAUCAGCUAUUUAAGCUUUAUUUUCGAAUGAAUAUGCUUAGGCUUAAGAAUAUUUAUUUUAAUUAAAAUAAUAAGUAGAAAACUUAUAGGACCCAAAUGCAUCUUAAGAAGUUUUGGAUUUAUUUGUUCAAUUAUAUAAACAAACAAAAAAUUAUAAAGAUUUAAUAUCGAUAUAGGAAGAAUAAUUUUUUACUUAUUUGUCUAUGAAUUCUAUUUAUAAUGAAGAUAAUUCAGAAUCGUUAAAAGAGUUGUUUAGAUCUUAUAUUGAAUAUGAUCCAAAGAGAGGCUAAGCUAUGUUAUCAUUUUUAUAAGAAAAAGUUGAUGAAAUCAUUCCACUUGGAUUUUAGAAAGAAUUUUACACAUAUGCAGGAGUAAAUAUUCAAAAUAUUUUUAGACUUUAGAAUUGCUUAAUAAAAAUUAUGAAAAUUCAUAAAAAUUAUUGACAAAUGCAUAGGAGUCAGGAGUAAAAGGUAAUUUAGCAGGUAUAUAUAAUUAAUAAUUAAAGGGAUGUGUUUGAAUAAUUAAGUAAUUUUAUCUGAACUUAAUUUGGAAGGGGAAAUAUAGAAAUUAAAAGGAGAUUUUGAUGCCUUUUGUUAAUAGAAUAUUAAGAAUCUAUUAGAUGCUAUUAUAUCAUUUGAAUUGACUUCAGUAGAGGAGAAUAAGAAAGAAUUAUAUUAUUUAUAUAAAUUAAUUGAAUAAACUGAAGUAAUUAUUUAAUUAAAAAUAGUCAUACAUUGAUAAAAAAGAAAUAAAUGCUAUAAUAAAUGGAACAUAAAUAGUAAAUCCUAAUUCUUAUUCAGUAAUAUUUAAUUUAAUAGAUUUAUUAAUUAAUCACUAAUUUCCAGAUGUAAAAAUUUAUUAUUUGAUUAUAAUAGAAAGCCACAGCUUGGAUCAAAGUUGUUUUUAAGAAUAAGACACAAAAUCCAAAUAUAAAUAUUAUGAAUUUUGGAAGAUCAUUAUUGUAAUAUGCCAAAAUUUCAGUGAUUGACAAUAAGAUUAAUUAGGCUGAGACAGUUUUACUUGAUUUUUUGAAUUCUUAACAACCUAGACUAUCUUUUUUAUAAAUGAUGGGUUUAACAUAAUAUAGUCUUUUGUUAAAAUAGGAAAAUAGACAAUAUGAGGCAGAUUGUAAUUUAAAUAUUUUAUAUAUUAGAAUAUGAAAAAUAAGCAUUAAAUAUUUCAUCUAAGAUUAGUCCGACAUCAUAUAUUAGAGAGUAAAUUAUAUUAUUAUGA